AUGGCCAGGCCCCAGGAUGUCAUCACAGGCUUGCUUACAAGGCAAAACAACUCCUCUUCUGUUGCCAUUGGCAAUUACUCAUUAAUACUACCAAGAGCGUUAACCGGUGUAGAAGAAAGUAAUACUAACAUGGUUACACUCACUGUCAAAGUAAAGGAGGAGAGGUCUGACCAAAGAUCCCCCCUGACCGGCCCUCCAGUCCAGGGAGAUAGCCGGAGAAGAUGGGAUUGCCAAAUGACUCGCUGUGCCGGUGAGGCGAAUGUGGUGACCGAGGAUGAUAUGGCAAAUGUUGCUGCUGAUGCCUCCACGGACCAAGCUGCCGAUGCCAGCGGGGAUGCCGCCGAUGUGCUGGAGUCCUUGAACCCUGGCGACGAUUCUUCAGUUGCCUGGAUAAAGCAGCAGCCUCUCCCAUAUCCUGCAGAUGCUCUGGAGCCAUACAUAAGCAAGGAGACGGUGGAGCAGCACUGGGGAGUUCACCAGCGCGGGCACGUGGACAGGCUCAACGGCAUGAUCGGCGGCAGCGAGUGGGAGCGGAUGUCGAUUGGGCAGAUGAUGCUCGCCUCAUUCAACGAGGGCAGGGAGCCACCCCACGCUCCCUUCUUCCAUGCCGCACAGGUAUGGAACCAUGAUUUCUAUUGGCGAUCAAUGAAACCUGGCGGUGGAGGCAAGCCCCCGGAACGUCUUCUCAAGUUUAUAAACAGGGACUUCGGAUCCUAUGACGGCAUGAUCAAACAAUUCAUGGAUGCCGCACUAACUCAGUUCGGUUCUGGAUGGGUUUGGCUUUCUUACAAGGGGAGCAAGUUACCUCAUGUGAAGUCAAAAAGCCCAAUCCCAUCCGACAAUUAUGGUAGGCUGGUCAUCUCAAAGUCUCCGAAUGCUAUCAACCCUCUUGUCUGGGGCCACUCUCCACUCCUUGCGAUUGAUGUUUGGGAGCAUGCCUACUACCUGGAUUAUGAGAAUCGAAGGGCUGAGUACGUCUCUGCAGUUCUAGAGAAGCUCGUGUCAUGGGAAAUGGUGGAGUCCAGGCUCCGGAAAGCUGUUCUGCGAGCAAUAGAGAGAGACGGCCACACCAGCCCGAAGCAGCGAAGGAAGCAACUUCUGUCUCAGGCUAGAAGCCGCGUUGGGGAUGCAAGCACCAGCGGUGAGGCAAGAAGGCGACCAAGAAGUAAGGAUCAGCAGGCCCCUUCCAGCGUGACAAUGGUGCCAGCAGGUGAGGCGGUACCAAACUGA